AUUUGCUGGCGCGGAAGGAGACAGGGCGGUGAAGCUGUUCCUCCAUCUUUGGUCCAGCUCAGCUUCCAGCUCCGCACUCUCCCCUCACGGCGCGAUGGAUGAGGAGUACGAUGUGAUCGUGUUGGGUACCGGCCUGACGGAAUGCAUCCUGUCCGGGAUCAUGUCAGUGAAUGGAAAGAAGGUUCUUCAUAUGGACCGGAACCCAUACUAUGGAGGAGAGAGUUCAUCCAUCACUCCCCUGGAAGAGCUCUAUAAACGAUUCGAUAUGGCUGAUGGCCCCCCAGAGAGCAUGGGAAGGGGACGAGACUGGAACGUGGAUUUAAUCCCUAAAUUCCUCAUGGCUAAUGGUCAGCUUGUGAAGAUGCUGCUUUACACAGAAGUUACCCGUUACCUGGACUUUAAGGUUAUAGAAGGAAGCUUUGUAUAUAAAGGUGGAAAGAUCUACAAGGUGCCAUCUACUGAGACAGAAGCGCUGGCAUCCAAUCUCAUGGGGAUGUUUGAGAAGCGCCGGUUCCGUAAAUUCCUGGUAUUUGUAGCCAAUUUCGAUGAGAAUGAUCCCAAAACGUUUGAAGGGGUGGAUCCAAAGGACACAACCAUGCGUGACGUAUACAAGAAGUUUGAUUUGGGACAGGAUGUCAUUGACUUUACUGGGCACGCUCUGGCGCUGUACCGAACCGAUGACUAUUUGGACCAACCCUGCCUAGAAACUAUCAAUCGCAUUAAGCUUUACAGCGAGUCUUUGGCAAGAUAUGGCAAGAGUCCCUACUUGUACCCUUUGUAUGGGCUGGGGGAGCUGCCACAGGGCUUUGCCAGGCUAAGUGCAAUAUAUGGAGGAACCUACAUGCUGAACAAAUCCGUGGAUGAGAUUGUAAUGGAGAAAGGCCGAGUGGUUGGCGUUAAAUCAGAGGGAGAGGUGGCGCGGUGCAAGCAGCUGAUCUGUGACCCCAGUUACGUUGCUGAUCGGGUGCGCAAGGCGGGACAGGUUAUCCGCGUCAUCUGCGUCUUGAACCAUCCCAUUAAGAAUACGAAUGAUGCUAAUUCCUGCCAAAUUAUCAUCCCCCAGAACCAGGUCAACAGAAAAUCAGAUAUUUACGUGUGCAUGAUCUCCUACGCACACAACGUGGCGGCUCAGGGCAAGUACAUUGCAAUUGUCAGCACCACGGUGGAGACGGCGGAGCCGGAGAAAGAGAUUGAACCGGCGCUGGAACUCUUGGAGCCCAUCGAUCAGAAGUUUGUGGCUAUUAGUGAUCUGUUUGAAUCCAUUGAGGAUGGGACAGAAAGCCAAGUUUUCUGCUCCCGCUCCUAUGAUGCCACCACACACUUUGAGACCACGUGCAAUGACAUCAAGGACAUCUACAAGAGGAUGACGGGCACAGACUUUGACUUUGAGAACAUGAAACGCAAACAGAAUGAUGUUUUUGGGGAGGAUGAGCAGUGAGGAGAUGAAGGGGGGUCAAUCAGUUGGGGGGACGAGACAGACGGGGGUACAGUACAGGGGAUUGUUUGGGGGGGUUUGGUACAAGAGAACUCUGCUAGUAGGAGAAAUGGGGUGAAUGGCAGAAGGCAUGUACUUUGGGCUGGGGGGGCGCUGGAAAGGAAGAAUUCAUUUUUGGGGGGCAGAGGAUAAAGAAAACACCAGCUGGUAGGAGUGGGCAAGGGCAAUUAUAAGGGAAAGAGAAAGCUUCCAUAUUGUUUUUGUCAUCAUAACCCCCAGUUUAACUUCUUAAGCCUCUUGCUCCUUGCUAUGAGCCCUGAUGUUGGCACAACCCUAAUGCUGGCACUCUGUAGCACUGGCAUCGCAAAAAGAUGUGUCUGAGAAAUGAAGCUGCUUACUCUCACCCAUGCCUGUGCCCCGAGCCCAUUCCUCAGCAUCUUCUUUGCCCUGUGCCCACAGACUGGCAGAGAAAGCUAUAUAUAAUAAUGAGUCAGGUAGGCCCCUCAUUCCCAUAUGCCAGCUGUUUGUCCCAUGCCCACAGACUGGCAGAGAACACUAUAUAAUAAUGAGUCAGGUAGGCCCCUCAUUCCUGUAUGCCAGCUGUUUGUCCCAUGCCCACAGACUGGCAGAGAACACUAUAUAAUAAUGAGUCAGGUAGGCCCCUCAUUCCUGUAUGCCAGCUGUUUGUCCCAUGCCCACAGACUGGCAGAGAACACUAUAUAAUAAUGAGUCAGGUAGGCCCCUCAUUCCUGUAUGCCAGCUGUUUGUCCCAUGCCCACAGACUGGCAGAGAACACUAUAUAAUAAUGAGUCAGGUAGGCCCCUCAUUCCUGUAUGCCAGCUGUUUGUCCCAUGCCCACAGACUGGCAGAGAACACUAUAUAAUAAUGAGUCAGGUAGGCCCCUCAUUCCUGUAUGCCAGCUGUUUGUCCCAUGCCCACAGACUGGCAGAGAACACUAUAUAAUAAUGAGUCAGGUAGGCCCCUCAUUCCUGUAUGCCAGCUGUUUGUCCCAUUCCCACAGACUGGCAGAGAACACUAUAUAAUAAUGAGUCAGGUAGGCCCCUCAUUCCUGUAUGCCAGCUGUUUGUCCCAUGCCCACAGACUGGCAGAGAACACUAUAUAAUAAUGAGUCAGGUAGGCCCCUGAUUCCUGUAUGCCAGCUCUGUGCCCAAUGCCCACAGACUGGCAGAGAACACUAUCUCAUAUUAACCCUUUUUGUUGUUAAUCGUGACUUAAAAAGUUAAACUGAGAUCCCUUUUCCCUGUUAGUAAUUUAUUAAGUUAAUUUAUUAGAGAGAUAGAAAUGGUGAAAUGGGAAAGCCGGUUACAUGGAACCCAGGAAUGGAGGAACAGAGUAUCAGACAUUGUAGCCCAGUUUGCAUUCUCUAGAACUUUCUGUGUUCUGGUUCUUUCCUCUCUGAUAAUAUUCCGCUCUCUGCAUUGUCCCCCCCCCCGAGGGUCUCACAGUUUCACCUUCAUUCCUGUAUUUGGCUGAAUCACAACAUAUUACAAAAUGGAAACUCUG